AUGUGGGAUAUUGUAAGGCACCGGGAUUCUAUGUGGGUUCGUUGGAUUUAUAGUAAUAAUCUCCGCUCAUCGAACUUCUGGCUGGUGCGAAAGAACUCAAAUUGGUCAUGGGUUUUUCGUAAACUUUUAGACUUGCGUAGUCAUUUGAUACGGUUCCUCCUCUCCCAAAUUGGUGAUGGUCGGGAUACGAAUGCUUGGGAGGAUGCUUGGUUAAUCUGUGGUCCUCUUUCCGCUUUUAUCUCUUACCGGUUUGUCCAUUCAUGUGGGUUCUCUACUUUAACGACGGUUCGUGAUCUUAUUAUGUGCUGGAAUGGUGUGUGGCCUGAUGAUUGGUGUCAAAGGUUUACAGUGCUUCAUACUUAUCCGUUACCUUUAUUGACCUCUGUUCGUGAUAAAGUUCUAUGGGGGGACGAUUAUAAUGCUUGUUCGGAUUUUACGGUGGGUAAUGCUUGGGCUUCUUUAGAGGGAAAUCAUCCUGUGGUCUCUUGGUCUAAAUCGGUAUGGUUCUCGGGCCAUAUUCUGAAGCAUGCAUUCUGUUUAUGGUUGGCUUGUCAGAGAAGGCUUCCUACUCAAGAUCGUUUACAUUGGAAGGAUGAACCACCGGAUUUGGAGUGCUUGCUUUGUGGUCAAUGUAUGGAUAGCCAUGAACAUUUAUUCUUUCAAUGUUCGUAUGCUGGGGAUGUAUGGACUAGCAUCUUGCAUAGUACGGAUCUGAAGGAUAUGCCGUCUAGGUGGGAUCAGAUUUUAGAAGCUAUCUCGGAUUCUAAUCGUCGUCCGAAAUUAUUAAAGCAGAAGCUUGCGGUGGCAGCCACUGUUUAUUAUAUUUGGCAAGAAUGA